AUCAUCAUCAACAUUAUCAUCAUAAUUUCAUCAAUAUAAACAUCACCAUUAUCAUCAUCAACAUCGACAUUGAUUUUCAUUGAUUCAUUCAUAUUGUCAUUGUUAACCACACAGUGCAUGGCAUAUAGUUAUACUCGUCGACAUCUUAAGGCAUUAUCGGAAGCCUCAAAUUCCGCUUCUGCUGCUUCAGGUGGUGGUGGUGGUGGCAGUGGUGGUAAUAAUAAUAAUAAUCAGAAUAAUAAUAAUAAUAAUGGUGAUGGUAAUAAUUCAACACAACAAAAUGAUUCCAUUAAUCAUUGUGAAAAUUGGAAUCCAAAUCAAAUUGUUUAUAAUAAGAUGGAACAAAUUAUUGAAAAAAUGCAAGAUGAACAAACUGGUGUACCAGUACGAACUGUAAAAAGUUUUAUGUCAAAAAUACCAAGUGUUUUUAAUGGAUCCGAUCUAAUUGCAUGGAUGAUGCGUGAAUUAGAAUUAGAUGAUCAACAAGAAGCAUUACAUUUGGCCAAUCUAAUGGCAUCACAUGGUUAUUUUUUUCCAAUCGAUGAUCAUGUUUUAUGUGUUAAAGCUGAUAAUACAUUUUAUCGUUUUCAAACACCAUAUUUUUGGCCUUCAAAUUGUUGGGAACCGGAAAACACUGAUUAUGCUGUUUAUCUUUGUAAACGAACAAUGCAAAAUAAAACACGUCUUGAAUUAGCGGAUUAUGAAGCAGAAAAUUUGGCUCGUUUACAGAAAAUGUUUAGCCGAAAAUGGGAAUUUAUUUUUAUGCAAGCUGAAGCUCAAGCAAAAGUCGAUAAGAAACGUGAUAAAUUGGAAAGAAAAGUACUCGAUUCUCAGGAACGUGCAUUUUGGGACGUUCACAGGCCGGUUCCUGGAAGUGUCAAUACGACUGAGAUCGAUAUUAAAAAAGCAUGUCGUAUGCAUAAACCAUUGAAAAGUUCAAAAGUUAAAAUAUCGACGCAUCUAGCAUGUUCGGUUGGUGGUGGCCGCAUCAGUCCGGUGAAUGAAGGUGAAAAAAUUGAAAUCCUUAAACGUGAAUGUGAUUCACUACGUAUUCGAUUGGAUCAUCGGAUUGGUGGUGUUAAGAUUAGUAAAAUUGCUGAAUCUUAUUCAACAUUUUAUGAACAAUGGGCUGAAUAUGAUCCAUUUGUAACGCCUUUGGAACCUAGUAAAGGGACUCCACCAAAUCCAUGGAUUAAUGAUUCACCCGAAUUCUGGGAAAUGGAAAGACAAACGAAAGAUGUUCCUUGUCGUCGUGUAAGACGUUGGGCAUUUUCAUUGAAAGAAUUAUUAAAAGAUCAAGCCGGUAGAGAACAAUUUUUUAAAUUUUUAGAAAAAGAAUUUUCAGCCGAAAAUCUUAAAUUCUGGGAUGCAGUCCAAGAAUUAAAAUGUGUCCAUACAAAAGAUGUUGCCAGUAAAGUACAAGAAAUCUGGAACGAAUAUUUAGGACCAGAUGCAAAUUGUCCAAUAAAUAUUGAUUCAAAAUCCUAUGAAAUAACAAAGAAAAAUAUGGAAAAUAAUCCGAAUAAUCGUUGGAUAUUUGAUGAAGCAGCUGGUCAUGUUUAUCAAUUAAUGAAAAAUGAUUCAUAUCCACGUUAUUUACGUUCAGAUAUGUAUAAAGAAUAUCUGAAUGGUACAAAGAAAAAGACUUCAGUAAAAGGUUUUCGUGGUGUAAUAUUUACAGCAAAAAAAGUUAGUGAUCAGCUUACAGCAAAUUCCAAUAAUCCAUCAUCAUUAACAUAACAUUGAAAUCACCAAAUCAUCAUCAUCAAUAAAUCAGAUUUCAACAUUACCACCAUUCAUCAUUAUCAUGCAACGACAUUUUGUUGUUUUUUGC